AUGGAAGAGAGCCGUUCGGAAUCGCCCUUCGAACUGGUCGAAGUGAAGAACUGUGUGGAUGUGGAUGGUAAGAAUAAUAUAGCAAAAAAGUUUUGUAAUGCUGCCCGAGGCAAAAGGUCGUGAUGAUUUAUCGGGGGUAUGGGUUCUGUCGUACUCUGAGACCUGGUUAGGUACCCUAAUCGUACUGUCAAACCUUUUUAAUUCAACAAAUCGCAAUGAGGCAAAAACAAACAUUUUUUUAAAUCAAAUGAGUAGGUUCAUUUUGCUCUAAAAUUAAUUUUUGGAACUGCAGAAAUUGAUUGUUAUAGACAGGUUUUGGUGUACAGAUGUUUGACUGUAAAUUUUUAUGUACAUAGAAAAUUGCGAGAUUAGUAAAGAUAUCGCCAAAAAGUGCAUUUCCAUCUGACCGCUCUCCGGAUUACGCGCACUAUCUCGUCGAAGAAGAUAGCUGAAUAUCUCGGAUUGCCUGGAAAAUCGCUUACAGAAAUUUUAGUCAAAAAAAUUGCUUAUCUAGAAUCAUUUUUUUGAAUAGGACAAAAAAUGUGGAUAAUAAACUUCCCAGUAAAAAACCUGUCGAUAACAGUCAAUCUAGGAAUUGCCCAAAAAUCAAUUUGAAGCCAAAAGAACCUCUAUACAACAAACUUCGUAUUUAAUGAAAAAAUUUUUUUGUUCCCUUGCGAUUUGUUGUACAGAGGUUUGGCGACAUUUCGAAGACCCUUUUUGGUCUCACCACGAAAAUCUGAGGUCUCGGAAUCUGGAAUGGAAAUGAGUUCGCCAAUAAAAAUAGGCCUUUCAAGAUAGUUCACAAGGGUUUUUACAAGUGCAUCUGCAAAAAUGAGAAGAGAUUUGAGCGACGCACUUUCGUUAUGUCAUCAUUUUUACCGUAUUUUACAGUAUCCCAAAGCGACUCUUCCACCCCCUCGUCCUUCGAAAUUUGCUCUCCGAAAUCCCAACAGACCCUCACUAGCACUUCGCCAAUUCCGUUUGACUCCGACAACGACGCCUUCAGCGAUGGGUUGGACGAUUUUCACGAUCAAAUCGCUGAAACUCGCGAGAAAUUUCAAAAUUUGAAAGAAUCGGCGUUUGACAUCAGCAAAAAAAGUAAAGGAUUAAUUGAAGUGUUUGUUAAGCUGCAACAAGUCAAUGGAACCAUCGCUCAAAGUCGUGGGGACGUCGAUCAAGAUUCGAGAACUAUUCGGGUAGGUGUCUAAACCAAUAUUGUUGAUGAAAAACAGUGUUCAUCUUGUUUUUCAAUCAAAACUAUUAUAUUUUUUAAUCAUUAGGAGCUGCUGGCUGCCUCUCGGAACAAAUUGGCGACCAUUAUGGAGGGCUUGCGCGACAGAAGAGCUCAAAUUAUCGCCGCUGAGGCAUGA